AUGGUCACUUCAGUGGAAUUUUCUGAGCCCAAUGGCGCUGCUCACGUCAACGGCCCUCACCGUUGUGUCGCCGAUGGUACCCUCGACAUCACAGUCAUGGGAAUGAACAGCGGUACGGCCAUGGACGGCAUUGACUGCGCCCUUGUUCGUUAUCGCCAGGCUUCUCCUGAAGCUCCUUUGCACAUGGAGAUCCUCAAGUACGACGAGAUCUCCAUCCCUCAGUACAUCAAAAAGCCCGUCCUCACCAUGCUCCGCGAAACGAAAACCACUCCCUCCCUCAUGUCCCAGCUGAACGUCCAGCUCGGUACCAUGUUCGGCGAGACCGUCAAGCUCUUCUGUGAGAAGCACAACGUCCCCAUUAACAGCAUCGACCUCAUCGGCUCCCACGGUCAGACUAUCUGGCUUCUCUCCAUGCCCGAGGAGGGCGAGACCCGCUCCGCCUUCUGCCUUGGCGAGGGAACGGUCAUCAGCGGCUUGACCGGCAUCACUACAGUCACCGACUUCCGCAUGGCUGAACAGGCGGUCGGCCGCCAGGGUGCACCUCUUGUCGCUUUGAUCGAUGGUCUCCUUCUUCACCACCCCACCGAAUGGCGCAUCUGCCAGAAUAUCGGCGGUAUCGCUAACCUCUGCGUCAUUCCACCCGACAGCGAGGGUGGCGUCGACGCCAUGGUCGACUGGGACUGCGGCCCGGGCAACAUGUUCAUCGACGCCGCGAUGCGCUACUUCACCAACGGCGAGAUGGAGUAUGACCGCGAUGGCGAGUGGGGUGCGCAGGGUACUGUCAACCAGGCAGUCGUCGACAAGUUCCUCGACAACAAUAAGUACUGCAACCACCUGCCUCCCAAGACGACAGGUCGUGAGACAUUCGGCGACAACGAGGCCCAGGAGAUCAUCGACGAGUGCUUGGCUCUGGGCAUGAGCAAGUACGACACCGUCGCCACCAUCACCCGCAUCACCGCCCAGAACAUCGUCAAGCAGUACCGCACUUUCUUCCCCAACUUCAACAUCGAUAUCGACAAGAUAGCCGCUGUCUACAUGUGCGGUGGCGGUGCCCGCAACCCCAACAUCAUCAACUACCUCAAGGGGCAGCUGCCCCGCUUGGAGAUUCUCAAGCUCGAUGAGACGGGUGUUCCUUCUGAUGCCAAGGAGGCUGUCUCGUUCGCUCAGCAGGCUCUUGAGGCUAUUCUCGGCCGUGCCGCUCUGGUUCCCAUUAACAGUGACACGUUGACGCCCAACACCAUCUCGGGUAAGAUUGCGCCGGGAUUGCGGUGGAGAGAGGUUAUGGCGAUGGCCGUGGAAUUCGGAAAGGGUCGAGCUCGGUUGCCGACGGUCAAGGAGAUGGUUAUUGACCGGCCCUACACCUACGGGAAGCCUUAG